GUAAACUUGAAAAUACAGUAGGGAUGAGUACGUGGGAGGUAUUUCCUUACGUAGUUGAAUAGGCAUCGAGUCAAUACUCAAUACCCCGCCAACUCACAGAAGACCCAUCCUUAUAGCAGCGGUAUGCUUUAAGCUUUUUGAACUAAGAACAAACAAAACUCGUGUAUUUUCCCUUUAUUGUAUCCUAAUCUUACUGGAUUCUCCAUUAAGGUUCUCUGCCUGAUUCCCUUCUCUAUCAAGCCUUAGCCCUAAACAAAGCCCACUCCUUUCUCUCCCCAUUUCAUCCUUUCUAACCACCAACCCGUCAAAGCACAGUUAGCUGUGUAACUUGCAUUGAAAUCCUACUUAUGGCUUCUGGGGUUCUCUUAAAGCUGCUUCUUUAUGAUUAUCAUUCAGGGGUUGUUAUUAAUGGCGGACCUUAAAGAACGCCUGCUCCCUCCAAAACCAGCAUCAGCUAUAAACCUUAGAGAUUCAUCUUAUCGACCAUCUGCCUCUGGACGCCAACCUUUCCAAGGUGUUGAUGUUCUGGGUUUGAAAAAGCGUGGCCAAGGCCUUCGAUCAUGGAUUCGUGUUGAUUCAUCUGGAAAUUCCCAAAUUAUUGAGGUUGACAAGUUCACUAUGAUGCGUCGUUGUGAUCUACCUGCUCGUGAUUUACGCCUGCUCGAUCCUCUUUUUGUUUACCCCUCAACAAUCCUCGGUAGAGAGAAGGCUAUAGUUGUAAACUUGGAGCAGAUUCGGUGUAUUAUUACAGCUGAUGAGGUUCUACUCCUAAAUUCCCUUGACAGCUAUGUGCUGCAGUAUGUGGUGGAGCUACAAAGGCGAUUGAUGACACCAGGGGUAGGUGAGGUAUGGCAGUCAGAAGGUGCUGAAUUGAAUCGAAGGAGAAGUAGGAAUUUUGACAGUGUAUUUGGGAAUACAUCCCCUGAUUAUUUGCCCUUUGAGUUUAGGGCUCUUGAAGUUGCUCUGGAAGCUGCUUGUACAUUCCUGGAUUCUCAGGCAGCAGAAUUAGAAAUUGAAGCAUACCCAUUACUAGAUGAACUGACAUCCAAGAUCAGUACAUUAAACUUGGAGCGUGUACGGCGAUUAAAAAGCAGACUUGUUGCCUUGACUCGGAGGGUUCAGAAGGUAAGGGAUGAGAUUGAGCAGCUCAUGGAUGAUGAUGGAGAUAUGGCUGAAAUGUAUCUCACUGAAAAGAAAAGUCGGAUGGAAUCAUCGUUCUAUGGCGAUCAAUCUUUGAUGGGAUUUAGAUCAAAUGAUGGUGGGACAUCUAUUUCCGCUCCAGUUUCUCCUGUUUCAUCACCCCCUGAUUCACGAAAACUUGAGAAAAGCCUGAGCAUUGCAAGGAGCCGACAUGAGAGUAUGAAGAGUACUGAAAGUGCUACUGAGAAUAUAGAAGAGCUGGAGAUGUUGCUAGAAGCUUACUUUGUUGUCAUUGAUAGCACCCUGAACAAGUUGACAUCGUUGAAAGAAUACAUUGAUGAUACAGAGGAUUUCAUCAACAUUCAGCUGGACAACGUUCGAAAUCAACUGAUCCAAUUUGAGCUUCUACUCACAACAGCAACAUUUGUUGUCGCCAUUUUUGGAGUGGUGGCAGGUAUCUUUGGCAUGAAUUUCGCCGUACCAUUGUUUGAUGAUGCUGGGGCAUUUAAGUGGGUCCUCAUAAUUACUGGAGUUGCCGGAGUCGUCAUAUUUUGUGCGUUUGUAUGGUUCUUCAAGUACAGAAGGCUCAUGCCACUUUAAACUUUUAAAACAUGUUUGGAACUCUAUUUUGAAACCAUUUUAAUUAAAUUUUAAAUG